GGCAUUGUUAUUCUUCUUCCCCUAUCAUCGCUCAUUCUCUCAUUCGCCAUAGCUGAGCUUCGACACCGCAAUGUCAUCUGAUUCUAAGGAGACUGUAGAAGGAGCCUUAACAUCGCCACCACGUUGAACGGAAUUACCGCAGCGAGAGAGAGAGAGAGAGAGAGAGAGAGAAGUAUUUGGAGUUUCCUUCUUCAUUGAGACUGAAUAGAUUUUGGAGUGUGUCGUCGUCAUGGCGAACACUCUGUGGAGCCAUUCCAAUUCGCUGUCACUUGUCGCGUCUCUCAGGGGAGAACUUGUAUCCAAUCGGCGGGUUCAACGUGCUAGAAUGCCUGGCUGUAGCAUACAAGUUUCAUCUCAAGCUUGCUGGAAUAGAUCAAUGGAAUUAAAGUGUCUUCAAGUAAGAGGGGCGGCGAGAAGAUUAGAGCGUGGUUGCGGUUGGUCAUCUCCAUCGUAUGAAGCUUGCCGAGUCUCUAUCCCAAGUCCAGCAGUUUCCAAGGCCAUAGUGAGCAGGUUCGGGAAUGGCCAUCGGAGGUACUCACAUCCUGAGCAUGGUUCAACUUCAGAUAUUGAUUCAGCCCCCAUCGUCGAUAUAGAUGCUGUAGUAUCAAGACCGCAGGAGGUGGAAGUCAUUGAAGACGAAGAGGUUGAGGGGCAAUUCAACGAGGAAGAAUUUAAAAGUCAGUUUGAGCGAUUGGCAAACGCUAUGGCGGCGGAUGACGUUGAGGCAGCUGAAAAAGUCCUUCGAGAACUCGGAAAUCCAUUCAAAGCUAAAGAUAUGAAGACUAUGAUGGACGAUGCGACUGAAGUGGAGGACAAUCUUCAACAACUCUAUUCUGAAGUGAAUAAUAUAAUAGAAGAAGGAGAUUUCGAAACUGCACGAGAAAUAGUCGAAGCUAACUAUGAAGCGUUGUUGGAUUCACUUAGGGAUUCAGUUCCUGCAGGUGUAGAACAGGCUGCCAUGCUCGAUGUACUGGCCCAGCUUCGUCUAAGCUUGGGCGAUGCUGAUGAGACAGAGAAACUUCUGGAGCAGAUAGAAAUCAUAUUGGAAAACUUAGGAGGAGAUACACAUACGGCACUUCUGGACAAUAUACUUACUCACAUGGCAAACAUGUAUAAAGCCCUUGGUCAACCUGCUAAAGCCAUAACUAUACUUGAAAGCAGUCUUCAAAUUCAAGAGAAUACACUGGGUGAAGACAGUCCGUUGAUUGUUCAAUUAUUGUUGGGACUAGCCGCCACCUAUCUUGAGGAUGGCCAGGAGGAUAAGGGCAUUGAGACAUAUAAACGAGUAGUUGCAAUCCUUGAAAGAAUUUCAGGUCCUGAUGAUGAGCAAUUGGCAUUACCCCUUGCUGAAAUGGGUCACGCGCUCUUGGAGGCUGGAAGAUUUGAUGAGGCGGAGAUAGCUACAAUCAGAUCAUUACGGAUUAUAGAAGAGGCGUUGGGACCAAAACACUGGCAAGUUGGAUGUGCUACAUGCUCAGUGGCUCGAGUAAAGACAGCGAAAGGAGAUUAUGACGAGGCUGAAUCCUUAUAUCGCAAAGGGCUUCAGAUUGUGGAAACCGCUACUGACUAUCCAGAAGAUGAAGAUGAGACUUUGAUGACGAAAGAAUCCAUCCGUAGCGAUUUCGCAGAGCUUCUAGAUGAUAUGGAGAGAUACGAUGAGGCUCAAGAGCUUUGGAGAAAGAACUUGGUAGACAAGGAGAAAAAAGUAGGUGAGAAUGAUGCUGAAUUAUCACCUUCAUUGCUAGGAUUGGCCUCAUCCUUCGUAGAGGCUGAGAAAUAUGACCUAGCUGAACCUUUACUCCGCCGGAGUCUCAAGCUAAUGUUCAAUCAUUUCGGUCCGGAUGCACUGGAAACUUCAGAACCGAUGGAAAGACUUGCUUCUGUAUUAAACCAUCUUGAUAAAGACGAUGAAGCAGAGGUACUUGCGAGGCAAGCUUUAAGCAUUCGGGAGACCAUCCAUGGUCCCUUUCAUCCUUCUACUGCCGAAGUUUGUAAUACAUUGGCUUCUAUCUUGAACGGAUUGAAUCAGAUUGAGGAGGCAUUUGCGUUGAUGCAAAGAGUGCUCAGAAUUCAAGAAUCUGAAUUAGGGCAUGAUAGUUUAGAAAUUGGACUAACUUUAGAGUUGAUGAUUAUGCUGUUAGAUAAACUAGACAGGAAGGAUGAAAUCCCACCGCUACUACUCCGUUUAGAUAGGCUUAUGGCUACUGAAGGAAAUAACUUGGGCCUACUUUAAUGCACUAAAAUGCUACAAGUUAUUUGUGAUAGUGUGAUAUAAAAAUAUUUUAAAAUAUGGAAAUGCUUCUAUAUAGAUUUUGGGAAUGCCAUCAAGCUUACAAUA